AUGACCUCCCAUAUGUCUACCCGUGGUGUAGCCAGCACAGUUCCCUCAGAAUUAAUAUCCUGCACUCGUACUGAGCUGGCUGACACUCGACGCCAACGCACUGAAGCCAAGGAGCAUAAGAAGGAGGUUAACGAAGAGAAAAAGAGACAGCAAAAGGAGCAGCAGCAGCAGGCACAAAGGAAAAUUGCUGCUCUGGAGGAUGUGAGUGCACGAGAGGAUAAGGCAAUCUACUCCCUUCGUCCUGAUCUUGAUUUGAUGAAGAAAGGCUUACCUGCUCCUUCCCGCCAGCAUGUCACAGUCAAAUCGUCGAACAAAAAAGCCAUCACAGCUGUUAACGGGCCGGAUGAUGCUGAAUCUAUGGAUGAUCUUCCACUGGUGUCUGUAGUGGCUAUGUCUGAGUCAGAUGGUCCUGCAGAUAACGGGAUGGAUGUUGAUUCGGCAUCCAAGAGCGAGCAGUUACCCACCGUAGAGGACUCAAGCGUGCCUGUACUGGUUGAAGAAGACGAUUCUGAUGAUGCGUAUGUGGAGGGACAAUCGGGCAGUGAUGAACCUAGUGAGGAUGAGGAAGCUCUAUUCCAAAAGUUUCUGCUCCAGCAUUGCAAGACGAAGAAGGCUGGCUCCAAACUGAAGGCAUGA